AGCGUGGCCAAAUACAAAUACCCAGUUAUAGCAAGGUUGUAACUACCGCAGAACCUCACGACGUCCGUCCAGUGCGUCCACGACCAAAACGCCCCUCCUUUCCACCGCGGGCUGGCUCCUUCCUCUCUCUCCAUUCUUCAUGAUGAUGAGGUCUCUCAUUCUGUAUCUCCGCGGCCUGGUGUUCGGUCUUUUCAUCGUUUGCAAUGCCAUCAUCUGUAGCGUGGCCGUCUGGCACCUGGGCCUCGCGCAGACAGUUUCCUACAAUCCACCGGUGGAUAUUUACCUCAUUUUCUUGGGCGCUUUUGGUCUCCUGUUCAUCUUUGCGAUUAUCUGGGUCGAUAUAAUUCGCAAGAAUGCUGUAACAAGUCAUGUCUGGUUUGAGUGCUUAUGGGUUGGUUUGUUUUGGGUGUUGGAUCUCGCUGCCACUGCUGCACUCUCAGCUUCUGCGCCUACUGUCAUGUGUUCCCCAGAUGUGAAGCUUGUGGUGCCUCAAGCCUGCACAGCGACUCGAGUACUCGUCGGUUUUACGUGGCUGUCUAUGAUCAUUACCCUCAUCUAUGUGGUAGCUCUCACAAUCCUGGCUGUGGUGCAUCAAAAACAAAGUACGGACGUGUGGCACACUGGGGUUCGCGUAUUUUGUUGGUUCGGGGCACAUGAACAUCUUGAUAGCCGUGCUGGAACGCCGGUGCGUGGGACAGGGCCAGGUGCCAUGGUUGCUCCGCAACCUCGUCCCGCAGGCCUUCUGCCCAUUUCCGCUCGGUUUGCUCGCAGUCCCAUCGACGGUUCGGAAAAGGACCCUGAAAGCGCAAUAUCAAGCGUAUCACAUGUGGCCCAACUUCCCCAUGUCCAACGUCAGAGCACGCAGCCUCUGGUUGCUUCGUUGUAUCCGCAACAAGUGGUCAAGAACCUGCCUCCUGCUGCUUUGCCCCAGCCUGCGCCAAAGGCUUCUGCGACGCGGUCAACGUCGCCGCCUCCUUUGGGAGAGUGGCCUCGAGCGGACAUCCUCAGUCGACCUCGCGAUACGGGGAGAAAGCGGAGUCAGCAGUCGGUGACGACGCAGCCUCCAGCCCCUGUUCCGACGUCGCCGCUCCCUCAAAGGCCGAGAGGUUCGAGAUCACGAUCGAGCUCAGGGGAGAUACGUCGGCCUCCUCCUUUGGACCUCACCAACAUUAGUUUCUUCCGGAAUAUUGACGAGCGGAUUCAAAAUCGGGCAUAGACUGGAUCUGCUGAGCAGAGACUGUAUGAGUAUGUAGUGUAUCCUGUACGAGUAGCAUGACCAGCUUUGUAUCCUCCUUCUAGUGAUAGUAUGGGGCUUAUGAAAGAUGGUGUAGCAUAACUGUACAAUUUGACAAUUUGACGAAC